AUGCAGUGCCUAGCGGCCGCCCUUAAGGACGAAACCAACAUGAGUGGGGGAGGGGAGCAGGCCGACAUCCUGCCGGCCAACUACGUGGUCAAGGAUCGCUGGAAGGUGCUGAAAAAGAUCGGAGGCGGGGGCUUUGGUGAGAUCUAUGAGGCCAUGGACCUGCUGACCAGGGAGAAUGUGGCCCUCAAGGUGGAGUCAGCCCAGCAGCCCAAGCAGGUCCUCAAGAUGGAGGUGGCUGUGCUCAAAAAGCUGCAAGGGAAGGACCACGUGUGCAGGUUCAUCGGCUGUGGCAGGAACGAGAAGUUUAACUAUGUAGUGAUGCAGCUCCAGGGCCGCAACCUGGCUGACCUGCGCCGCAGCCAGCCGCGAGGCACCUUCACGCUGAGCACCACGCUGCGGCUGGGCAAGCAGAUCCUGGAGUCCAUCGAGGCCAUCCACUCUGUGGGCUUCCUGCAUCGCGACAUCAAGCCGUCAAACUUUGCCAUGGGCAGGCUGCCCUCCACCUACAGAAAGUGCUACAUGCUGGACUUCGGGCUGGCCCGGCAGUACACCAACACCACGGGGGACGUUCGGCCUCCUCGGAAUGUGGCCGGGUUUCGAGGGACCGUUCGCUAUGCCUCGGUCAAUGCCCACAAGAACCGGGAGAUGGGCCGCCAUGAUGACCUGUGGUCCCUCUUCUACAUGCUGGUGGAGUUUGCAGUGGGCCAGUUGCCCUGGAGGAAGAUCAAGGACAAGGAGCAGGUAGGGAUGAUCAAGGAGAAAUAUGAGCACCGGAUGUUGCUGAAGCACAUGCCCUCAGAGUUCCAUCUCUUCCUGGACCACAUUGCCAGCCUCGACUACUUCACCAAGCCCGAUUACCAGUUGAUCAUGUCGGUGUUUGAGAACAGCAUGAAGGAGCGGGGCAUCGCAGAGAAUGAGGCCUUUGACUGGGAGAAAGCAGGCACUGAUGCCCUCCUGUCCACAAGCACGUCCACCCCGCCCCAGCAGAACACCCGGCAGACGGCAGCCAUGUUCGGGGUGGUCAACGUGACGCCUGUGCCUGGGGACCUGCUCCGGGAGAACACCGAGGAUGUGCUGCAGGGCGAGCACCUGAGUGACCAGGAGAACGCACCCCCAAUUCUGCCUGGGAGGCCCUCUGAGGGGCUGGGCCCCAGCCCCCACCUCGUCCCCCACCCCGGGGGUCCCGAGGCUGAAGUCUGGGAGGAAACGGAUGUCAACCGAAACAAACUCCGGAUCAACAUCGGCAAAACCCCCUGUGUGGAGGAGGAGCAGAGCCGAGGUGUGGGGGUCCCCAGCUCCCCAGUGCGUGCCCCCCCAGAAUCCCCCACUACCCCAGUCCGCUCUCUGCGCUACCGGAGGGUCAACAGCCCCGAGUCGGAGCGGCUCUCCACGGCGGACGGGCGCGUGGAGCUGCACGAGAGGAGGUCACGGAUGGAUCUGCCUGGCUCGCCCUCGCGCCAGGCCUGCUCCUCGCAGCCAGCCCAGAUGCUGUCAGUGGACACAGGCCACGCCGACCGGCAGGCCAGCGGCCGCAUGGACGUGUCAGCCUCUGUGGAGCAGGAGGCCCUGAGCAAUGCCUUCCGCUCGGUGCCGCUGGCUGAGGAGGAGGACUUCGACAGCAAGGAGUGGGUCAUCAUUGACAAGGAGACGGAGCUCAAGGAUUUCCCUCCAGGGGCUGAGCCCAGCACAUCGGGCACCACGGACGAGGAGCCAGAGGAGCUGCGGCCGCUGCCCGAGGAGGGCGAGGAGCGGCGACGGCCAGGGACAGAGCCCACCGUCCGGCCCCGGGGACGCAGCAUGCAGACGCUGGCUGAGGAGGACAUGCGGCUCAUGCCGCCCCAGCUCCCGCCACCUCAGCUGAGCCAGGCCGAUGGCCGUUCAGAGACGUCACAACCCCCCACGCCUGGCAGCCCUUCCCACUCACCCCUGCACUCGGGACCCCGCCCUCGACGGAGAGAGUCGGAUCCUACGGGCCCACAGAGACAGUUGGAGGAGGACAGACUCUCGGGGCACUCCCUCCCGCGGUACAGCCCCCUGCGACGACUGGCGUCCUCCGUGUUCUCCUCCUCCACGCUGGAGACGGAGCAUUACCCUCACCCUGGCGGCGGCGGCUCCUCGGGCUCCUCCGGUUCCCUCAUUCAGCGCAGCCGGUCGGCCGAGAGCAGCCCCGUGCGGGCGCCCCACCGGCGCCACGCGCCCCUCGCCGCCGGCAACCACAGACUCGUGCCCUCGGUGCUCCGCAUCUCGCGGUCCCAGCUGCAGCAGGAGGAGGCCGCCGCAGUGGCCCUGGGGGAGGUGCUGGGGCCGCACAGUGGCUCUAGCAGCGAGGGCAGCGAGAGGAGCACCGACCGGAGCCAGGAGGGCGCCCCGUCUACGCUGCUGGCUGACGACCAGAAGGAGUCCAGGGGCCGGGCCUCCAUGGCCGACGGGGACCUGGAGCCUGAGGAGGGCUCCAAAACGUUGGUGCUCGUCUCCCCUGGCGACAUGAAGAAGUCGCCUGUCACUGCCGAACUGGCCCCCGACCCCGACCUGGGCACCCUGGCUGCCCUCACUCCUCAGCACGAGCGGCCCCAGCCUAUGGGCAGCCAGCUGGACGUAUCUGAGCCAGGCACCCUGUCCUCUGUCCUCAAGUCUGAGCCCAAGCCUCCUGGGCCUGGGGCAGGGCUGGGGGCCGGGGCAGUGACCACAGGGGCAGGGGGCAUGGCAGUCACCUCCUCACCCUUCACCAAAGUUGAGAGGACCUUUGUGCACAUUGCAGAGAAAACCCACCUCAAUGUCAUGUCUUCCGGCGGACAAGCCUCACGGUCUGAGGAGUUCAGCGCUGGGGGCGAGCUGGGUCUGGAGGUGCCCUCUGAUGGGGGCGCUGAGGAGGAGGGAGCCCCGGUGCCCCUGGAGAAUGGCAUCACCCUGUCAGGGCUGGAUGGGGCAGAGAUGGAGAACUGUGCCCCGUCUGCCCCCCCCAGGGAAACCCCCUCAGAGGUGGCCACAGACUCGCUGCCCAAUGGCCCAGCCCUUGCUGACAGGCCAGCCCCAGCAUCCCCACUGGAGCCAGGCCCUGAGAAAGGGGCCACCAUCUCCCCCAGCCGCCAUGCCAUGCCAGGCCCUCGCCCCAGGAGCCGUAUCCCUGUCCUGCUGUCUGAGGAAGACACGGGCUCAGAGCCCUCGGGCUCACUGUCGGCCAAAGAGCGGUGGAGCAAGAGGGUCCGGCCGCAGCAGGACCUGGCACGGCUGGUGAUGGAGAAGAGGCAGGGCCGCCUGCUGCUGCGGCUGGCCUCAGGGGCGUCCUCCUCCUCCAGUGAGGAGCAGCGCCGUGCCUCAGAGACGCUCUCAGGCACAGGCUCCGAGGAGGACACACCUGCCUCCGAGCCUACGGCGGCCUUGCCCAGGAAGGCUGGGCGGGCAGCUGCCACCCGGAGCCGGAUUCCCCGCCCCGUCAGCAUCCGCAUGCCCACGCCUGCUGCAGCCCAGCAGCCCCCCAGCAGACCCCAUGGUGCGGCCCCAGCAUCUGACACAGCCAUCACCAGCAGGCUCCAGCUGCAGAAGCCCCCAGGGCCGGCCGUUGCUGCUGACCUCCGCCCCAAACAACCUCCCGGCCAGGGCCCAGGACGAGUCCAAGCCGGCUCCAGGGCCCCCGCUCCCCGCAGUCCGGGCCUCCCCGCUUCUGCCGCGCGCCAUCCCAGCGCGUCCCCGCGAAGCCAGUCCCUGUCCCGCAAAGAGAGCCCGUCCCCCUCGCACCAGGCCCGGCCGGGCGUAGCCCCACCCCGGGGCGUCUCGCAGGCCCGGGCCCAGCCUGAGGGCACCCCCUCCCCAGGAGGCCCCAAGAAAGGACCCAGAGGGAAACUCCAGGCUCAGCGCGCAGCAACCAAAGGCCGGCCUGGGGGCGCAGAGAGCCGGGCCGGGGCCAGAUAA